AUGUGUUUUCCUGAUCCUGCACAGCAACCACCACUUCCUCCAUUACUUCCUCUACCUUUUGCCAGUGAAGAUGUAGAUAGGUUUUGGUCUACACCUCCUAUGAAUGGUGCUGUUUCUCUAUUUGAGGAUCCCCCUCAGUUCAAGAGACUAAUGAAUUUUGAAAACAACCCAUCAAAUUUUGCACCCUUUGCACAAAUAAAAUUCUGCAAUGAUAUUAAUAAAACUUGGACACUAAAGGGACGGGCUAUACAUUUUACAAGACUCGUAUUUGUGCAAAAUUCACCAAAUGUACCUGCAAGAAUGGCGAGCAUUGCACAUAUGCUCAUGAUGUUGAAGAAUUAUGAAAUCCCCCUCCAAAUCGGCAAGAGCUUGUUUGAGGAAAGAAGAGAGGCACCAGGAAUUAGACUGAUAUACAAGAUGAAAAUUUGCAAUUUAUUUUAUAAUGGACAUGAGUGUCGAUAUGGAGAGAAACGCAAAUUUCUACAUGAACGUCCAAUGAAAUUUAUGACUGACAUUUCAAGGCAAAAUAGAGCAAGAGUUGUUGAAAGUAUUGGAGCUACAUGGCCUGAUUUGAUAAAUAAAAAUGAUUAUGCUCAGCCUGAUUAUAGUAAGAACAUCAGCAGCAGUUCCGAUACUUUCCAAGCAAAGACAGCAUUUUGGAAAACGAAAAUAUGUUGCAAAUGGGAGAUUGGCCGAUACCCUUUCGGAGAAACAUAUCAUUUUGCUCAAGACCAGUCAAAUUUGCAGUCACCUGGUGCUCGUGUUGAGACAGAGCUGAUAAUGAAUACAGGCCUCAAAAUUCCAGAAGAGCCUCUCCCCAUACCUGUAAUUGGUUCAUCUCAUGCAACUGCAGUUAUCGUUGCUCCAGCAAAUAAAGAUGCAGAAAGAAAGAAAUGGAAGCUCGACAGGCAGGUUAAGGGAAUUUAUGCUGAUUGGUUGGAUGUCUUCUUGCCUCAUCACUACUCCCCUAGCGAGGAAUUUAUUUCAGUGGGGGCAUAG